UGGCUGGAUUUAGCGUAAAUCCGACUUAAAUCCCAACAUAAAUCCGAUACCAAACAGCGCCUUAGGCUUUGCAUUUCUAACUUGCUUCUUUAAUCGCCGAGAGGCUCUAUUUGCUAGAGAAUCCGCUGAUUUCGCCUCUCGUUAGCAGCAGUGGGUUCGGUCUAGGGUUCGCUCCAGUUCGCUCGAUAUUAUCGAGUUUACCGCAGGAUGGGCGGGAGAGCAGUAGUCUCCGAUGAUGAAGAUGAGUUGGAGGAGGUGGAUGACGAAGGGAACAUGCAAGGGGCGGGCAAAGGUGAUAUUGAGGAGAGGGAUGAGGAUGAUGAUGAGGAAGAUGAAGAAGAGGGACAAGAUGAGUACGAGAAGGAUGGGUUUAUAGUGGAUGAUGUGGAGGAAGAAGAAGAGGGAGAGGAGAACAACGAGGACAGUGAUGAGGAGCGGCACAGAAAAAAGAGGAAGAAAAAAAGAGAGUCUGAAAGGACUUACGUUCUUGAUGAGGACGACUAUGAGUUGCUAGAGGAUAAUAACAUCACUGUACAUCGGCCUAAACCAGGUAGCAAAUUCAAGCGCUUGAAAAAGGCUGGGCGGGAUUCGGAGGCGGAGGAGCGUUCCGGUUUCUCUGAUGAUGAAGAAUCUGAGAGGGCAGAUCGUGGUGGUAGAACUGCCGAGGAGAAACUCAAGCGAAGCUUGUUUGGUGAUGACGAAGGUGCACCUCUUGAAGAUAUUGCUGAAGAAGAGGAGCAACCAGAAGAAGAAGAGGGGGAUUUGAUUGGCGAUGAGGAUGAGAUGGCUGAUUUUAUCGUUGACGAGGAAGAUGUUGAUGAGAAUGGCACCAUUGUGAGGCGACCCAAGGUGAAGAAAAAGAAAUCUAAACAGGCCCCUGGCGUUUCGUCAUCUGCUUUACAGGAAGCUCAAGAGAUAUUUGGUGAUGUUGAUGAGCUAUUGAUGCUCCGUAAACAAGGGAUGGCAAGAGAUUCUAGUGAAUGGGUGGAAAAGAGACUAGAGGAUGAGUUUGAGCCCUUCAUUCUCUCAGAGAAGUAUAUGACGCCAAAGGAUGAUGCUAUAAGAGAAACAGAUGUACCUGAAAGGAUUCAGCUGUUGGAGGACCUUACAGGACCUCCACCUACAGAUGACAAGAGCAUUGAAGAGGAGAGUGCCUGGAUAUACAACCAACUCAGCAGUUCCUUUGUUUCACCUCUAUUUGGUCAUGAUCAGCUAGUAAAGGAUAUUGAUAAGGAAGAUAUUGGACGUGUUUUGACUAUGGUGCAUGUUCAAAAAUUAGAUAUUCCAUUCAUUGCUAUGUACCGAAAGGAGUUUUGCCGUAGUCUCUUAAAAGAUUCUGAUGAUAUGAUUCAAAAUACAGAGGAAAAUUCUCCAAUUAAAUGGCACAAGGUUCUUUGGGCAGUGCAUAGUUUGGAUAGGAAGUGGUUACUUCUUCAGAAGCGCAAGAGUGCUCUUGAAAUGUACUACUCCAAACGUUUUGAGGAGGAAGCUCGUAGGAUUGAUGAUGAAACUAGACUUGCAUUAAAUAGACAAAUCUUUAGCUCUAUUUCUGAAGCUCUUAAGGAGGCAAAAUCUGAAAGAGAGGCUGAUGAUGUAGAUGCAAAAUUCAACCUGCAUUUUCCCCCAGGUGAAGUUGAUGUAGAAGAAGGACAAUUUAAAAGGCCAAAGAGAAAAUCCUUGUACAGCAUAUGCUACAAAGCUGGUUUGUGGGAGGUCGCUAACAAAUUUGGCUUUAAUUCUGAACAAUUUGGAUUGCACCUCUCAUUGGAAAAGAUGAGGUUGGAAGAGUUGCAAGAUGGAAAAGAAGUUCCAGAGGAAGUAGCUAGAAAUUUCACUUGCGCAAUGUUUGAGGCAGCUCAAGAUGUGCUCAAAGGUGCCAGGCAUAUGGCAGCAGUAGAAAUUGGUUGUGAGCCUGUUGUUAGAAAGCAUGUUCGUAGUAUUUUUAUGGAAAAUGCUGUUGUCUCUACAAGCCCUACUACUGAUGGAAACUCUACAAUUGAUGCAUAUCAUCAACUUGCUGGUGUUAAGUGGCUAAGGGAUAAACCUCUGUCUAAGUUUAUUGAUGCACAGUGGCUGCUUAUUCAGAAAGCAGAGCAAGAGAAACUUCUUCAGGUUACGAUAAAAUUGCCAGAAUCUGUACAAAGCAAGUUACUUGUUGAUGCGAGUGAGUGCUAUUUAAGUGAAUGUGUAAGUAAGCCAGCUCAACUUUGGAAUGAGCAACGCAAAAUGAUAUUAGAGGAUUCCUUUCAUAAUUUCAUACUUCCUUCAAUGGAAAAGGAAGCACGAUCUCUAUUGAUGGCCAGAGCUAAGAAUUGGCUUUUGAUGGAAUAUGGAAAGCAGUUGUGGAAUAAGGUCUCUGUAGGCCCUUAUCAGAGAAAGGGUAAUUCUGUUGACAUUGAGAAUGAAGAUGAACCGGAAUUAAGAGUUAUGACCUGCUGUUGGGGACCUGGAAAGCCUGCUAAUACUUUUGUAAUGCUGGAUUCAGCUGGAGAAGUUGUUGAUAUUAUUUACGCAGGUUCCAUUAGCAUAAAAUCCCAGGGUGUUGCUGAGCAGCAACGUAAAAAGGGUGAUCAAGACCGGCUUUUAAGAUUUAUGACUGAACACCAGCCUCAUGUUGUAUGCUUAGGAGCUGCCAAUCUGUCAUGCAGACAGCUUAAGGAUGACAUUUAUGAGGUCAUUUUCAAAAUAGUGGAAGAUCAUCCUAGAGAUGUCAGCCAAGAUAUGAACAUCACUAUAGUAUGGGGUGAUGAAUCUUUACCUCGGUUGUUUGAGAAUGCUAGAGUUUCUUCAGAUCAACUACCAGGACAGCCAGGCAUUGUAAAGCGUGCUGUGGCGCUUGGUCGGUACCUUCAAAAUCCUUUGGCAAUGGUUGCAACACUUUGUGGACCCGGCAAAGAAAUAUUGUCUUGGAAGCUUUGCCCUUUGGAUGAUUUCCUUACCCCUGACGAGAAGUAUGACAUGGUUGAGCAGAUAAUGGUUGAUGCAACCAACCAAAUAGGUGUUGAUGUUAAUUUAGCUUCUAGUCAUGAAUGGCUCUUUGCUCCCUUGCAAUUUGUUGCAGGUCUUGGGCCACGAAAAGCUUCUUCUUUACAGAGGGCCUUUGUAAGGUCUGGUUCUAUUUUCAAUCGGAAAGAAAUUCCAGUGGGAAAGAUCAUCAGGAAAAAGGUUUUCAUUAAUGCUGUCGGCUUUCUGAGAGUUCGCCGAAGUGGGGCAGCAGCAGCUACUAGUCAUAUCAUUGAUUUGCUUGAUGAUACAAGAAUUCAUCCAGAAUCGUAUGAUUUGGCAAAAACCAUGGCCAAGGACGUCUAUUCUGAGGAUGCUCCGGAUGAUAUCAAUGACAUGGAUGACGAUGUUCUAGAAAUGGCGAUUGAGCAUGUAAGGGAAAAAUCAGACAUGCUUAAAGUUCUUGUAAUUGAAGAAUAUGCAAAGAGCAUUGCUGAGCGUUUUGGGACUGAUAAGAAGGAAACUCUGGAAGAUAUAAAGAAUGAACUACUUCAUGGGUUUAAAGACUGGCGGCAUCCAUUUACUGAACCUAAUCCAGAUGAGGAGUUUAGUAUGCUAUCUGGUGAAAGUGAUGAUUCACUCUCUGAAGGGAGAAUUGUUGAAGUGAGUGUACGCUAUGUGCAGGAUUCUCGUGUUGUUUGCUUUUUUGAUUCUGGUCUCAAAGGUUUUAUCUAUGCAGAAGACUUUUCAGAUGAAGGCUUUGAGCCUGAAAAGGUGAAAGAAGGUGAUAUACUAACAUGCAAAAUCAAGAGUGUUGUUAAAAGUAGGUGUUUAGUUAAUUUAAUCUGUAAAGAAAGUGAAAUGAGGAAAAGGCAUUAUAUUCCUCAGAACCUAGAUCCUUUCUAUCAAGAAGAUGAUGUUACUUUACAUAGCGAGCAGGAGAAGGCUCGCAAGGAAAAGGAACUUGCUAAGAAGCGAUUCAAGCCAAGAAUGAUCAGCCAUCCUCGGUUUCAAAAUGUCACUGCUGAUGAAGCAAUGGCGUUCCUUGCUAACAAGGAUUCUGGAGAGAGCAUAAUUCGACCAAGUUCAAAAGGGCCAUCAUAUUUGACUUUGACACUGAAAAUUUCAAAUGGUGUUUAUGCUCACAAAGACAUCAUUGAAAGUGGAAAAGAUCACAAAGAUAUUACAAGCUUGCUUCGCAUUGGGAAAACAUUGACUAUUGACAAAGAUACUUUUGAGGAUCUUGAUGAGGUUAUGGAUAGAUACGUUGAUCCACUAGUAACUAAUUUGAAAAAUGUGCUUAGUUACCGAAAAUUCCGACGGGGAACAAAAUUGGAAGUUGAUGAUCAGUUGAGGAAAGAAAAGGCAGAAAAUCCAAUGAGAAUAGUUUAUAGUUUUGGCAUAUCCCAUGACCAUCCAGGAACUUUUGUUUUGUCCUAUAUUAGAAGCUCAAAUCCACAUCAUGAGUACGUUGGGUUGUAUCCCAAGUGUUUCAGGUUUAGGAAGAAGGAUUUUGAGGAUCUUGAUAGGUUAGUGGCAUAUUUUCAGAAGAAUAUUGACAAGCCACCGCUGGAAUCUGGACCGUCAAUACAGACUGUUGCUGCCAAGGUUCCAAUGAAAAGCCCAGCUUGGGGUUACUCUAGCGAUGGUGUAUUUGGUGGUUCCACAGGCAGCAAUGAUGGAUGGAGUAGUCAAACUCCAGACCGGGAGAGGACAUCUACGCCAGGUUCUAGAGGAGGAAGAUCUGACUAUAGGGGCCGUGGUGGCCGAGAUGGCCAUCCUAGUGGACUGCCAAGGCCAGGCCGAGGUCGAGGUCGAAGCUAUGGAAGAGGAAACAAUUUUGAGAGUGGAGGCCGAGGUUCAGAUUAUGGUAAUUCCAAGUGGGGUUCGAAUUCUGAUCAUGGCAAUUCCAAAUGGGGUUCGAAUUCCGAUCAUGGCAAUUCCAAAUGGGGCUCAAAUUCAAAUGAUGAUCAUGGCAAUUCCAAAUGGGGCUCAAAUUCUAAUGAUGAUCAUGACAAUUCCAAGUGGGGCUCAAAUUCUAAUGAUGAUGAUGGCUUAAGCAGCUUCCCUGGAGCUAAGGUCCAAGACUCACCUGGCAAGGAAAGAUUCCCCGGUGGUUGGGACGCCACUGGUAGAGGUGGUGGAGGUUGGGGGGGCAGCAACAAUGCUGCGGAAGACAGAGAGGAUGGUGGCUUUGGCGGUCGAGGUUGGGGCAAUUCUCGUGGUGACUCAGCUGGUGGUGGUUGGGGAGGAGGAGAUGCUGGUUUUGGCAGCAAUACGGGUGGUGGCUGGGGUGGGAACUCUACCGGCGGUGGUGGCGGUGGUCGGGGUGGGAAUUCUGCAGGCGAUGGUGGUGACGGUCGGGGUGCAGAUAGCUCAGGUUGGGGAAGUUCGAAGAAACUGGUUCCUCAAGGUGGUGGUGGUGGUGGGUGGUCUGGAGGCGGAGGUGGAAGUAGAUCAGGUGGUGGUUGGGACUAAGGAAUGCAUUCCGGCGAACAUUCAAAAAACCUCAGGUGCUUGUUUGGCUGCAGUUCUCGUCUUCUUCAGGUGAUUGGCACUAAAACAGAUCAAAUAUUUAUUUUGCUGCAGUUGAGGUAAGCGUUGCAAGAAAACAUUCAUCAGUAGUUCUCUAUUGUUAAGCGCAUUGCCUUCUUUAUUUAAGUUGGCAGCUUCAAUUUGCUAACCAACUUAUAUAUUUUGUCUAAGCUGUAUUUUCUGAUCGGAGUGCCUCUUUCUGUAGUGUUGUUUUUGAUCUAUUUGAAUUAGAUUUGGUUUGAAGCCAAGUGAUGGAUCUGCAGGUCAGGCAUCUGUAUAAAACUGAAGUGAUAUAAUGGCUGCAAUUUUUUUUAUU